UUACCAAAUUAAAUUUUAUUUGUACUACCAAGCUUUUCCAUGUCUCACAGAAAGCCUUUCUCAAAGAGACCUUGGCUGUUGGCUCAUGCUCAAACUGCGGAAGGCUCAGUAUCAGGAUCCCAUCGCGGAUCCAGGAGCAGCAUCCGGUGGAGGAACACCACAGAGGGCCCACUUGUUGGUCAAGGCCUCCUUUUUUGCUUCAACUCCAUACACUUCGAGGUUAGCUCUUGUCGUUGGGUUUGACAAGAUGCUCAAUUGGGAAAACGGAAGCGAACAAAUCUGGCUAAUCAGUCCAAUUUGAAGCAGAAGACGGAUAUGCAAUCCCGAAGAAUCCAGUAAGUAUUCUCCGGUGUUCCCUCAUGUCAGGAGUGAUGAUAAAAUGAAUAUUGGCUAUUGUAUCGAGAUUUGAUAAUGAGGCGUGUUGGAAGAGUCGUAAGAAGGGACGCCUACUCAGUUGAGGGUGGCGAUAUUAUCCCUGAACAUGUCCAAGCUACUUGGAG